AUGCCCGGCCGGAUCCUCCCGACCCUCACCCUCGCGGAGGUCGAGUCGCACAACUCGUCCAAAUCCUGCUACGUCACCAUCGGGCGCAAUGUCUACGACGUGACCGACUUUUUAGACUCCCACCCCGGCGGCAGCGACCUGGUGCUCGAUUACGCCGGCAAAGACAUCAAGGCGAUCCUGGAAGACGAAGACUCCCACACCCAUUCCGAGGCCGCAUACGAAGUGCUCGAAGACUCACACAUCGGGUUCCUCGAAUCUGGGAGCAACGGUACCACGAACGGGAAAGCGACUAAGCCUGGCGAUGCCCUCGCGAACGGCAACGGCAACAGCAAUGGGGACGCAAACGGCGACGCCUGGGUGCACCCCCGUACCGGCAUGUCGUGUGAGGAAGACCUCAGCAAGGACACCGACAUCUCGUCCGACUACAAGACACACAAGUUUCUCGACCUGAGCCGACCGCUUUUCCCCCAGGUCUGGUUCGGCGGGUUCUCCAAGGAGUUCUACCUCGACCAGGUCCAUCGGCCACGCCACUACAAGGGCGGAGAGUCGGCGCCGCUGUUUGGGAACAUCCUCGAGCCGCUGACCAAGACGGCUUGGUGGGUGGUGCCCACGUUGUGGGUGCCGGCUGUUGGGUAUGGCUUGUAUUUGGCGAAUCCGGGGUUCUCGAACCCCUUGGGACAAGUAGGGUGCUUCGUGGGGGGGGUGUUUUUGUGGAGUUUUAUCGAGUACAUCAUGCACCGAUUCUUAUUCCACCUUGACGAAUACCUCCCUGACAACCGCGUCGGCAUCACCCUUCACUUCACCCUCCACGGCAUCCACCACUAUCUCCCCAUGGACAAGUACCGCCUGGUCAUGCCACCGACGCUCUUCAUCGCGCUCGCCGCGCCCUUCUGGAAGCUCGCGCACACCCUCUUCUUCUGGGACUGGAGCAUCGCCACCUCCAUCUACUGCGGCGGUGUGUUCGGCUACAUCUGCUACGACAUGACGCAUUACUUCCUCCACCACCAGAACCUGCCGCUGUGGUGGAAGCAGCUCAAGAAGUACCACCUUGAGCACCAUUUUCUUGACUACGAGAACGGCUUUGGUGUGACGAGCCCGCUGUGGGAUUAUGUCUUUGGCACUGAGCUGGUGAUGAAGCCUAAGAAGGGCUAA